AGCAUUUGCCGCCAGGGAGGAGUCAUAUGUGGUAGUUUGUUCCCGUUGUUGUUGGGGUUCGGUCGCUGGUUUUAGUUCCUUGGUUUUAAUUGUGUUACUGUUAAGAAAAUGUCUGCAACAGAAGCAAGUGCUGGAGAGGAGGCCGCCUCUGCUACAAGCCAAGCUUUUGUGUUGCCAGAGGGGAAAGUCAUUCCCAACACCGUGUUUGUUGGAGGCAUUGAUAUAACGAUGGAUGAAAUGGCGAUUGGCAACCUCUUUGAAAAGUAUGGCAAAGUGAAAGACUUAAAAAUAAUCACAGACAGAACAGGGGUGUCCAAAGGGUAUGGAUUUGUUUCUUUUUAUGACGAGGUGGAUGUGCAAAAAAUUGUCAAGUCGCAGAUAAAUUUCCAUGGGAAAAAACUGAAACUUGGCCCUGCCAUUCGAAAGAUGCAACGUAUAUGUACCUAUGUGCAAACUAGUCCUGUGGUAAUUAGUCCACCUACUCAGUUCCACCCUACUUGGAACAGUCAGAAUGCAGACUCGUACAUCCAGCAUUCUCCCAUCAUCAGCCCUGUGACUCAGUAUGUGCAGGCUUGCCCAUACCCAAGCUCUCCACCAAUGGCAAUUCAGCAGAUUCCUGUAGGCUGCCAACAACCUAGCUACUUUCAGGUAUCUCCACAGUGGCCAACCGAUCAACGGAACUACAUGUUUCCUUCACCAGCUUUCACUUUCAACUACAACUGCUGUGAGAUAGAUCCAAAUGGAGGUGAGCCUAUGCCAAGAGAAUAUCAUAUUGAUCAGGCAGUGUCUGCUUCUGGAGCCAAUCUGCAGAAGGGAUUAAACGGAAAGAACUUGCAAUUUCACUGUUUUGCGCUCACUUUAGAGAUAUGUGGACAUGAGUACCCAGACUAUUAUAUCCUGCUUGUUUGAUCCAGCAAAAAAAGUCCGUUUAUUUGCUUCACAGGAGGACUACAUACAGGACGAUAGUGUGCACCAAUUCAGAAGGAGCAAGUCUGUUAUAAAGAGAGUUUCCAACUGAAAAUGGCCUUACUUUAUAGAUCCGGUUUGCAUAGAAAUCCAUAUACACUUCCAAAUGUUGUGCCUUUUAGUUUGUCGAAUUCACCUAACACUAAUGUGUAUAUAGUUGUUCUGAACACAGAAGUCACUUGUUUUAUAUGUUUGUAUGAAGCACCUUUAAGUAUAGACAACUACAGUUUGUUCACUGCCUCACAUUUACAUUUAUAGUUUGUUUCCCACGCAAUGUUUUCCAAUCCUUACACAAGUGGUGUGCACAUACACAGUGAUAUAAUCCCAAAUCAUCUUCUCUUUGGGAUCAUGGCAUUGUGUAGUGGGACUAGUUACAAAGAUUUUUCAGCCACACUCACUUUAUCAAUUGUUUUUUCUCUUCACCACAGCCACACUCACUUUUAUUUGUAUUCUUGAAUGAAACACAUUUUGCUUGUUUUUCAAAACACUAGUUUAUUGGGAUUAUUAUGCAAGUUCACUGGUAUACAUACACAAGGCAUUUACCGUAUUGUAUUUUUCUUCAAUAAGUUGAGGUAAAUGAAGUUAUGUUUAAUAGGCUUUUAAUUGCACUUGGCUUCUGUUACAAAAAGCGUUAUUAUUGGAAAUGUCUAGAAACAUGCAAGUUGUGUUUAUGUAAGUUAAGUGACCACUUAAAAAAAUGUAAAUCCUUUAUGAAACAUUUUAAUGCUAUUUAUGCAAUGGUUUUACUUUUGACAUGACCCUAUUUUAAUUUUCAAUUUAAGAAAAUGAGCCUAUAUAAUGCUUUUAAAAAUUAGACUAACUUGCCAAAAUAAUCUUUUCAAAUUUGAAGCACUGGGCAAUCUGUGGUAUGUUGUUUUUCCAGACUUGUUUACCCUUACCAUAAAAUUUAAUGAAUAAAUAAGUGCAAAACAGA